CAAAGGAGCUCGGAAAGAGUCAACCUUUGGUUAAGAUGUGUGGCAUUACAUCAGCUAAAGAUGCUGCAAUGGCAGCUGAAGCUGGUGCAAAUUUUAUUGGAAUGAUCAUGUGGCCUAACUCAAAGCGUUCAGUUUCGCCUUCUGUUGCAAUGGACAUAUCGAAAGUUGCAAGGGAUUAUGGAGCAGAGCCUGUGGGUGUAUUUGUGGAUGAUGAUUCAGAAACAAUUCUAAGAGCUUCUGAUGCAGCAAACCUUGAAUUUGUGCAGCUUCAUGGACAAGGAUCUUGGUUAGCUUUUCCAUCUUUAGUUCAGGAAAAUCGUGUAAUAUAUGUUCUCCAUGCAAAUGAGGACGGGAGCCUUUUAAACAAAAUUUCUGAUGAAGAGUGUUCUCUAGUUGAUUGGGUUCUUGUAGAUAGUGCAAAGGGUGGAAGUGGUAAAGCAUUCAAUUGGGCCCAGUUGAGACUACCAAAAACCAAAAGCAAGUACGGUUGGCUCUUAGCAGGAGGGAUCAAUCCUGAGAAUGUUUCUGAGGCUCUAUCUACACUCAAGCCUGAAGGGGUGGAUGUUAGCAGUGGCAUUUGUGCAUCAGAUGGAAUCCGUAAGGAUCAAUCAAGAAUAGCUUCCUUCAUGAAUGUUGUGCAUGCUUUUCAGUAUUGAUUCACCUUAAAUUAUUAUGUAUCUCAAGAAAGAAAUGUUGUGAUUUGGAAAUAUCCUCGUGAUGGCUUGUUACAAUUUUGUUUUCAAAACGAA